CCGAUUGUGAUUCCGGAAAGAAUUUUGCACCCGAAUCAAUUGUGUUGUUCAGAAUUCCUUUACUUUUUCCAGCAAAAAGCCGCGCAAACGCGCACCGUGAACGCAACACCGUCGCCAUUUUGAAUAGCGAAUAGAGCGAAUUGCUACAAGAGCAAUAAGAACUAUAUUAUUCGUUUCGAAGGAAACAUUAUGGCGGACGCCUGCAGACAUUUGGGCUUUUCAAAAAUCAUUUUCUAAGUUUAAACGCGUGUUUAUAUUGAACUUUUUCGCAUAUUAUGGUGCAUUGUGUGUCCAAUUAACUGUUUAUUGUGGUUUUUGGAGAUUCCAUUGGAUAAAUUGUUCAAAUGGCAUAUUUUAGAAGUAUAUUACGUCUGAAUAUAGCCUCUGCUCAAAUAUCAGAGAAUAAUUGAGUUUAAAUUAGUACCUAGCUCUUUAAAAGAUUACAGAGGCUGUGAUAAUUGCCCUGAAGUGAGCUUCAUAUCAGUACAUUAUCACAACUGAGAAAUUUAUUUAGCUGAUAUCUGUAAGCAAUCCAAAGCUUUAUUACAAAUCUUCUUAUAAGUAACACAUUUAUCUCUCAGUGAUUAUUAUAAAAAGAAAAGCUGAACUGCAGCCUUUACCUAAUGUCGAGCGAACGGGGAUAUCUCCCGCCUCACAUUCCAAUAUGAAAACCAAACAGACCAAGGAAGAGUCAGACAAGAGUAUUGAUGAAGAUACUGUGGUGGAACCUAAAACUCGAGCUCGUAAGAAAGCUUCAGAUAUAAUUGAAGAUGAGAAAAUCAAACUCUCUCAAGAUGAGCCCAAGACAUCCAAAGACACUAAGAAACCUGUAGCCAAACCUAAAGCAAUAGUAAAGAAACGACCAUUGGGUAUCAGAAAGGCAUUAAGAAGCAAGAAGUCUGCUGUCACUAAAGAAAAAGUUAAAACUGUUAUAAGACAAACAGUAACCCGAGCAAGAAAGGCUGCAAUCAAAAGUGAACCUGGUAAUUCUCAAGAAAAAGAAGCCGUCCCAUUGAUACCUGCCUCUGAAAUAAAAAAGGAGCCACUGGAAGAGACUACACCUAAUUCAAGGUCUUCAAGCCCUAAGACAGCUGGACGAAGACAAAGACUUACUUCAGACAUGAUGAUGAUGAAGUCUGUACUUGCCGACUCCCCAAGCAGUCUGGUUCUUGGGCCACGGACCAGUCCUUAUUCAAUGCGCUCUGAAAGAAGUAAUAGUCCUCUUCUUUCAGAAGGCAAAAAUCUAAGAAGUGGUAAACCUAGAAAAGUAAAGAACAAUUUACUGAAUGAGAUAGUUAUGAAGGAACAGAAUAAGAGACGGAGACUGCUUUCAGAUUCUAAGACUACAGAUGCCACAGAUGCUACUGAGGACUGCAAAAAACUCAAAAGAGGACGAUCAUGUUCCCGUGAUGGAAGUGAGAUCUCAAAAUGUUCAGAUGUCACUGAAUCUGAUUUAAGCUUGAGUGAACCACUACUAGACUCAGAAAACAAGGAGCUCAUGAAAAAAUUAGAUAAAUCUAAGACUGAACUAGAUAUAGAUAUUGAAAAUAAUUUACCGAUCUCGACUACUGAAAAAGUGCCUUCUCUUAAUGUUGAAUCGAAUGUAACUGAAACUAAAAUGGAUCCAGAGACCAGUUGCAUUGCUAAUGAAAAACAUAAGAAAAAAUUGAGCUUAAAAAGAAGUACUUCAUUGGACUCUGACAACAAUAAUAGUAAUAGGCUUAAAUUAGUCAAUUUUAAUACAUCAGAGAUAGAAGAAAAACUAUUACUGAAGACUGAAAAUGAUACGCUUUUUGAUGCCCGAAGUAGUAUACUGACUAGUAUGUCCAAGACAUUCAAUUCAAAGGAAAUGUCCAAAAAUAUUAGAAAAGCACGAAGAGGAAGAAAAGCAGCAGCUGCUGCGAGGCCGAACCCAAACAUUACACCUAAACCUAUAACUAGCACUAUUACAAAUGACACUUCAGAUGAAAAGCAGGAGACACUGGAAACUUUGUCUAAGGAAAUUGAUGAUUUAAUUAAUGACUUGGACCAAAACAUUGACCGUGACCAUGAACUAGCUAAUUGCAGCAAUACUCCUACAAUUCAGAAUAAUACAGAAGAAUCAAAAACUAAAAAUAUUAGUAAAUUAUAUGGUCUCUCUAAACCACUAUGUGAUAAUAAUAGCAUUAUAACUCCAGAGACACCCACAAAAGAUAAAGAUGCUAUAAUAAUGUCUAAUGAAAAUACACCUUCUAAGACUGAUGACAGUGAAAAUAUCAGACUUCAUUAUGAUGAAGAUUCUAUUGAAAAAUCGACAGAAAAUAAUAAACAUUCUGAAAUAACUUACAAAUGUAAUCCAGUAGCUAGUAUAGAUAAACUAAUGGACAGAUUAAAAGAGUUUGAAGAAUUCGAUAAGAGAAGGCAAAGGCAAGAAUCUGAGAGCAAACCUACUGACUCAAAAUCUGUAAUGGUGACCAAUGAUGUGGUAUUAAUUACUAAAUCAGGAACAGAUAUCAAACCUCUAAAAGACAUAGAAUCUGUUAGAUCUCCAGAAAGACCUAUUGAAAAAGAGAAUGUAUUAAGCUGUUUUGAAAAUAAUUCAGCUAUAUCAAUAGUAAAAAGAGAUCAAGUAAGGAAGUCUACAGAUGUUGAACUUCCAAAUUCAGUGACACUGAUCAAAAGAAAUAGUUUCAGUGCUAGAAAAGAGUCUACCAGCUCUAAUCACUCAAAAGAAUCUGAUGCUAUUAGCAUUUUUGAGAAGUCUCUGGGCAAAGAUGUAACCUUAACUGAAAUAAGGAAAACCGUAGACAAGUCUAAUUCAGCCCCGCAAAUUGAUUUACACCAGUUCGCGACAUUACAUCCUAAUACACCCACUCCUAAUUUAGGAGGUGUUGUAUUAGACUCCAAUCAAAUAUCUAUAACUCCACGUGUUAUGACUGAACCGAAAAUUAGUAGUAAUGAUAUUGAAAUUUUAACAAAACGUAAGUCAAGUGAUUCGCUUUCAAGAAAGUCGUCAGAAUCAGCAAAUGAACCUGAAGAUAAGACAGUGGCUGAGAAAAUGAAAUCACCACCACACCCUAUAAAAUCACCACCACAUCCUAUUAAAUCACCAGCAAUAUCAAUAACACCAUCACCAGUUGCUGCGAAAUCAGAAGUGACACAGAUCGUCGAACCUGAAGCUUUGCCUCCACCAAUAGAAAAUAUCAAAGCUAUUCCUGAGGAAAUAUCUUUGACCACUGAAAUCUCAAAAAUUGAAAGUGCUCAAAUAGCUGAUACUGUAAAGCAAGACAAUAAUAAAACUGAGGUAGUAAAAGAAGAUGUGCUUUCUCCAAGCUUAGAAGAAGUAAGUAAAGAGAUGGUCCCUGUUACAGAUGAGUUGAUUUCUAUUGAAAGUAGCAAAGUACCAGAAAAAAUGGAAAUUGAUUCAAAUUCAGUCACUGAGGUACUAAGUGAAGAAAUCAAAGAAACAGCAGCUCCCAAAGAAGCAAACAAAAUCGCUGAAGAAAGUAAGAAAGAUCCAUUAAUAGAAAACAAAGUAAUUGAAGGUCCAGAAGAAGCUAAGACUGUUAAAUGUGUGGGGAGAGGUAGUAAGUCUGCUCGUAAUUCAAUUGAGAGCCUACCUGGACCAAGCAAUAUAUUGUUAGAAACUCCUGAGAGUCAGAAGCGUAAAGAAAAUGUACUGAGGACAUUGGGUUUGUUGACUCACAAAGCUGCAAAAGAAGCUAAAAUAGAAAAGUUGAAAGAAAAAGAGAGAUAUAAAAACAAAGCUAAGUCUGGGUCAGGACCUAGUGUGGUACAUACUGGAAGUUUGAAAGCUGUAAUAAAAUUGAACAGAGGCGCAGGAGACAGAGACAAGAAGAAAUACCGGAGCUCUUUGAAGAUGACAUUUCAGAAAAGCAAGAAUAGGUCGGGGAAACCUGCUCCCGAGGGCGGCGAGGCGAACGAAGAUGAUGCUUACUACACUAUUGAAAGACGCGAGGGUGGCGCUGGCGCAACUACCGAUGGUGGGCACAGAAAGUCACAUUACAGUAAUCGCCUUAACAACCAUGCAGAUCCAGAAGCCGUCCCAGAGCCUGCGGAGCCAAAGGAAACUGUGAAUCUGGUGAUUCCGGAGAAGGCUUCUUCAUUCAGCAUCCACCCAGGCCGCUUGUGCAUGGACCAAUGUUUCUACUGCGGCGGCAAGUUUGGCCUCUUCGAUACACCCUGCCACAUAGCACAGAUGAAGAGUGCGGAGAGACAGAAGAAGGUUUUGGACAACGAAGAAAAGUUGACGAUUGACAGCUGCCUGUGCGACGCGUGCUACAGACAUGUCGAUAGAAGAGCAAACUGUCCUUCGUACAGGAAACGUCCCCUGGGCAAACAACCGGAGCCCGGCGCUGGGAUCUUGCUGCCAUCGCCGCCGUUCAAUACUAGCAGGGAGGCUGAAAAACCUGCAUCGCCGUCAUUGGAAUCUGAGAGUGAGGAAGAAGCCCCGGCUCGGCCGGCUACAUGUCACGCGGAGAAUUGUAUAACUCCCGCUGACCACUCCAUACGACGCAAAUGGCUCAUCAAGAUGCGGACCAGUGUCAAUAGACUGGUAAAAUUGAAAUGCGACUAUCCCGGCUUACACACGAUCCCCCUCUGCGGGGAGCAUCACCGUGCGCUUGCGCCCCUUAUGUCGUGCGCCCUGUGCCGACGACGGGUCACCAAACACCAUAACAUACACCUCAUACAUGGAUACAUGGAGAUCAAUCCGCACCUACGUGAAGCGGGUAUUCCGGUACAAUUCAACGAAAGGCCGUUGCUAUGCAAAGUGUGCCGCGUCUACUGCACCAUGCUGCAGCGAUCCGGACACCAGGAACCGAAAGCCAAAGGAUAUAGACGCAAGCUACUUCAGAUGUACAACAUUGAACAGCCACCAGAAAAUGAAAACGAACCGGAAGAAUCAAUAAUGCAAGAGGAGAGCCUCUUAAACAGCAAACAGAAGAGAAAACAACGCACCAAAUCUAAACAAAGGAAAUCUACCGAUCCUGAAAAGACAGAUGCUAGUGAAUCCUCUGAGAGAACCACACCACAUGACGAGGGUUCCCCAGAAAAAAUGAAGGAAGAAAGCAAUGAAGCGAUUAGUCAAAAACCAGCACAACCCAUCGAAGAAGAUAUAGAAAGCCUCAUAUCCUCAAAUAAAAUCUUGGUACCGGGCGCUAUAAAACCCACUACCAACGAACCCAAAGAAAGCGAUGGCUCAGAAUCUGAAAUGAUGGAUUUGGACGCACCACUCAUACCAUUAGACAAACAGACUGAACUACAGUAUCUAUUACAGAAGCAAAACAACCCCGCACAGUUCCUACAGAAGAAUAUCAAUCUUACACAAAAGCAGAAGAACAUAAUGAAACUGCAGACAAUGUCUGGUAUUCACAAGCCUGGACAACAGCAUAGGAUUAGCGAUAAGAACGCUAAAAGAUUACACAAAUUAGGACAAAUGGUGACGAAUAAAGAUAAGGUUAACAGGAAAGAGGACCUCGAAGUUUUCGAUGCUGAGAAACCUAAAGACGGCUCCGUGCCCGCUCUCAAGAAUAUGUCGUUCAAUGAAGAAUGCACAAUAGAAAGUAUACCAACCAAGAAACCCGCAGAUAUUAAUACGCUUAAAAACAAGUGGCAAAUGUCAGAAAGCUUCACUCAAGUCAAGAAGAAUCUGAGCGAACUCUCCAAGAAGUUGACUGGGGAAAAGGAGCCCAAGAAAAGCAACGAAGUGAAAUACUCAAAUCCCGUGAAGAGAUUGGAGACAAAUCCUUCAAUAUCAGUCAGAGAGUUGUUCCCGGGGGAGGAAGAAAUGAAUUUGCAAUGCAACAUUGAGUUUAACAACGUGAAAGGUGUGACUCCGGAAGGCUGGGAGAAAUGUAAUACCGUGAUUCAGUACGACAAUGACACGAAACGUCUAUGGAACGAACUGCAACGACCUUAUGGGAAUCAGUCAAGUUUCCUGAGACAUCUGGUGUUGCUUGAAAAAUAUUUCCGAAGCGGUGAUUUGGUUUUAUCACAUAAUGCGACACCCCACGCGGCGAAUUACAGUGAAUCGGUACAAAGCCGAUUGCGAGCGUACGAUAAUAUACCGAACGAUACGCCGAAACGCCCAGAUCAGUCUAUAAGCAGUCUCAUCGAAUACAGGAAGAAGCCUUCGAUGAAUGGCAAGAGUUUGCUUAAAUCUAAUCAGACUUCCGAAAGCGAUAAAGAUCCGAAGAAGUUCAUGCCUCCCCCUGGUAUCUUACCGAAGCCUAAGACUCCUAAGACUGGUGAAAAAUCUAAAUCAAAACCUUUGCCUCCUGAGCUUAUAGCGAUCAAUACUCCAAAUGCACAAGGUCGUAAAGCGAUCCAGAAUGUUUUGCAUAAUAUUCAACAGUUGGUUAAAGGUGUUUGUGCGUCUGAUCCUACUGAAGUGGCCGCUGCCCCGGUGCCUAAGUUCGAUUCCCCGAAGAUGGAACCACCUAAAGAAAAGAAAGAAACGCCAAAGUCAGAAACGCCUAAGAAGCAAAAGGCGACCAGUAAACCGUGGCGUCCUACACUGAUGCCUAUAACUGCGGAGAACCUAGCAAAGAUUGCCAGAGAGCCAACCCAAGUAGCCGUCGACGGACGAACACUGCCCAGUCUCGUUCAAGUGAUGUCUUCCGGCAAACGAUACCACAUAACCUUACAAGACUACAACAAAAUGUGCGUCAUGCGAAGAGAGAAACUUCAACAACUCCAAGACGGCGAAGCGAAAACCAAACGGCCUUCUACAGAAGACACCACCGUCGUCACCGAAAUACAGCCUUCCACUAUGCUCGGAAAUGGCGGCACCGUAUUACAAAACAUACCCGCCGAAGACAAAGACAAAAUACGAGACAUGCCCGAAUUGGGACAAAUCGGAACAAACGCCGCGAACAUACUCAAAAACGUCGGCCUCAAGAACAUCACAAUAGCUCCGAUACCGCCGAAGACUGCCACUGUGACGUCACAGACUAUCACUACCCCGGCUGUGACAUCACCGUCUCUUCUCGUCACCGCACCCUUGAAAAUACCACAAUUAGGCCCAGCGGUUUCUAUAACCAGCGAGACAGUACUUAACCAGAAUAUACCAAUAGUUGCACCGGGACAUGUGAUCAUGCCGAAGAUCCCCAAAUCUCUGACUGUGAUCCCGCAGACGGUUAUGACGAGCAUUCCCCAGAAUAUAGUAGUGACGACAAAUAGUGCGGUUCCUUCUCAAGCUUUGCUCCAGAAUACGGAUAUCCAGCGUCCAUAACGAAGCCUCAUAUUCGUGGUCGUUUAGCGACGGCCGCAAGCGACUGCUACGCUUACCCCGAUUCAGUGAAGUGUGUGUGAUCGGUUCAAAAGUGUAGUGAGUUCGCUUUCCAGACAUGUGUGAAAAAACUAUUUAUGACCCCCCACUUAAAUUAUUAUUAUUGAUUGAAAAAAAAAUCCUCUAUUUUCAUAUGGGCUUGUGUUUAGUGAACCUCAGCGGUGGACGCGAGUGAGUGUGAGUGAUACUGAGGCGUAAUGCAAUAUGUUAAGUGAGAACACCGGUUGAGCCUUAAUAAUUAUAUACUGUGUAUAUACUAGGGUAGGAAGUUGGACAUUUAAACGCGCUGUGAAUAAAGGUGACAAGGAUUGUGUUAAAUAUAUUAUUGUAUUACUCUCAAAUAUUAGGUUUUAUUUUUUAUUUGUGCAAAUGAUACGUAGGUGGUUUUUUUGUCUGUGUUAUAUGUUAACACCGCUCUGACUCAUUCGAUUAUUCGUUCUGAAAUGUCUUAUUAGCAUCAGCACAACCUAAUAUUAGUUUGUUAACUUAUUACAUUAUGUAUUGUGAGAUCAUGUAACUAAGAUAUUGGAGCAAUGUAUGUUGAGCCUCAUUAUAUUAAAAAUAUAUUUUGUAACAAAUUUAUCUGUUCUUAUUCUAUAUUUUAUUUCAUCAUGAUAAUUGUAUCUAUUAUAAUUUAUAUAACAUUUCAUAUGUUUUUAGUUUUAGUUUUGUGAAAAAAACCUUUCGUCUUAUACUGUUUUUUGAUAACUCUUUCUUACUAAAUGAGAACAUAAACUUAUAUGUACUGUUCAACAGACCUACUCUUGGACUUCUGACAGAAUAAUUUUAAUUAAUAUUCGAAAUAAAAGACAUUUGAGCUUGCCUCCAUAUUUGCCUAUUUUAAUAUAGUAUUCACAUUUAGUAAAUUUCUAAGACUACUGCCAAUUUAUAUGACACCAUACAUUAAUCAAUAUAAUCCGAACAUCAUUGCAAAAUUUAAAAAAAAAAUCAAAAUUCUCUAGUCAGGUUGGAUAACGCAUUUAUAAUUUAUUUUAAAACAAUUCACAGAUCAUAAUGGUUUGUUUGUGACCUAUCGUAUCAUUUGCGUGAAAAUAGACAAUUACUAUUAUGUAUAGUUGUAUAGCGUUAAUUAAUAGUUUGAAUAUCACUGGAGCAUAUUUUUCCAUUGUUGUAAGUAAGACAUCAUCAUACAUAACUCAUGAAUAUUUAUAUGUAACAGAACACUAAAACUACCAAAAAAAACUACAUAAUAACAUUUUCACAUUGAAGGGAAACAUCAUUUUCAGAAGUAAAUUUUUAUUGAAUAAAAUGUCAUCACAAUUUACAUGUCAUUUUUGUAAAGCUAGCCUUAAUGCAGAACUACAUUGGUCCUUAAUAAGUAUAUGUAGCUUUAUUACGCAUACAUAAUAUUACAAUUAAAACAGACCACUUAAUAUUAUAAUGAUCUUAAUAUUGACAUUGUACCAAACUUAUAAUUGUGGUACAUUGGACAAUCAUAAAAAAAUGAUUGAAAAUGUCCUAACAAAGGUAUAGUUGUUUUAAUAAUAAUUAUAACACUGCACGGCACUGGCCCUGUACAUAAUACAAUCCACAUGAAGUAACCACAUGAGGAGUUCCGAUUUUAUAUUUCGUAAAGCUCAUGGUUGAAAAUUGUACGUUUAAAAUACAUAUUAUAUAUCUAUUGUUGAGAAUUACUAGUAUUUUAUUUUGGUCCACGGAUAGAUUACGGUCCAAUGUUAACUUUAGAUGUUGUACAGAAAAAUAAAAUAAUGCUUUGUUAAGGCGAUGCUUUUUAUACGAUAGAUAAUGCUCAUGUUGAUAUUAUUUAAAAGUCAUCGUCUUAGCAGAGAAAUUUGAAUGUUAUAAAUACUGCUAGUACUAUUUUACUAUUUGGAAGUUUCAUCACUGUUUCUUUAUUUUUCAUCGGUUUUCAUCAUUUGUGGUGUAUUGCUCACAAGUUUUGAACAAAUUGUAGGCCUUUAUAGCCCGGAUGUUUAGUUUCUUCCAAAGAUAGUGUGUUAAUAUACAAUAUUAUAAUUUUUUUUUAGUUUUAUGCUCGGCACGCUAUGUCGCUCGCUACGUGCCGGAGGUAUGAAUUGUCUAAUAAACAUAUCCUUAUCUCCUGAACUUGUUUUUUUUUUAUAUUAAUUUUUAAUACUAAACAUAUUCCCCAUGUAUACUGCGUUAUAGCGCAUCCACACAUGCCUGGCGGCCGGAACGCGCGGCUUUAAUUGGCGAUGCCGUGGCUUUUAUUUACGGUGGCAAUUGGCUUGGGUUUAUUUUUGUAAAUAAUAACGUAUAACAUAAAUGCAAAACAUGCAAUGAUAAUUAUUAAAAUCCUACAUAUUUCAAUCCUACGUAUACCGCUUACUUUGAUAUGAGUCGAAACACUGCUGAGAAAAUUGCAACUACAGGCUAGCGGCAAGGCAUGCUAAAAGCCGGCGGCAUGUGUGUAUGCACCUUAACAAUGUCACAAGUUCUUUAAUAAUUAAUAACUUAAUACAUUCCUUUGAUUUCAUAACCACAAAUGAAUAUUAUUUAAUACAAAAAACAAACUAUACAAAGCUACUCUAAGAAAACAUUUGAGACUUAUUAAAAUAGGUAUAUAUAGUUAUCGAUUUAAUUUAAUAAUUAUUGAUGUGCUUGAAAUACAUAAACACAACUCGCAAAUUUAAAUAAGGUUUUGUUUUCAAUAAUGUAUUUAAAAUGUUAAGGUGCUUCACCGGCUUGUAAUGUAACCUUUUAAAUUCGAGCAUUACGUUACAAUACUGCCUCCCUGACAAACAAGAAUUCGCCUGUAAUGUAACAUUUUGAUUCCAUUUUGAGCGAGCGAGCGAUUGUAUCAUUACACGUUGCACACUACACUCGGUUCUCCUCUAUCACUGGUGUAAUGCUCAAAACUGUAACGUUACAUCACAGACUAAUGCUCCCAGUGAGCGAGCACCUUUAUACAAAUAACUUCAAAGAAUAAUUUAUUCUUUGGUGUACAUUUAUAAUAUGAUAUUAAUAUUUAUACAUAUUAUCAUUACUGUUUAAAUACAAGUUGCCAAAAAGGCUCUCUCGCGUGCUACUUAUAACAAUAUUUCAAUUGGUAGACUAUUUUAACCGUCCGAUUUAAUGGCAGGUUCCCUUCUUUUGUUGUGUUUAGAUGCUCCUUUGGUACGUUUCCACUUCAUUCUUCGAUUUUGGAACCACACUUUUACCUUUCAACAAAAGAAUACUUCUUGGGUUAACAAUGCGUGAGAGCUACGAACUAUACUUGAGUCGCUCGAAGGACCACAAAAAUUUUCAUGGUACAGUCGCCAUCAGAUAUAUCUGAGCAUACAAGGUGACCAAAUACAUCUGAACAGUUAAAAUGUCAUUAAGUUCUAUACGCUACAAGUGACCAUAAAUAUCUGAACAUUCAUUACUUCAAUAAUAUCUGAGCAGAUGCCUGUCAAUAAUAUCUGAACAUACAACUUUUCAAAAAUAUCUGAACACGUCAAUGAUUAUGUAUCUACGCAGAUCAUGCACUGGGCUUACAUAUUUUGUUACUGCGUGAUUGAAAGGAUGAACUAAAAACAAAGGCUAAAUAUAAGGAAUAAAUACGAUGAGAAGGGAAUAAAAAUCUAUCAGAAAAUCAUUCGUGUAGGUCACCACGAGUAGUAGAAAUGGAAGAUGCCUAAUUUUUUCUCUAUUUAUUUUUUAUAAUUAACGAGAAGUUGUUUUUAUUUUAUUCUAUAGAUUAAAUUCUCAAUAUCUCCUUAGAAAUUUAUUUAAAAAUAAGACAACUGCGUUUUUUAACCGCAAUAGAAAUAAGUAAUAAUUUGGAGGAAACAUUUGUCCCACUAUUUCCAUUGCAGUGGAAAAUGGAAUUCUGUACUUGUCAUGCUCAAACUGGGCGCCAUCCUUACAAAAAAUUUAUUUACUGUCUGAGUGGAUGUGUUUGUUUGGUUUGGGUAUGUAUUAUUUAUAAAAGUGAAAAUUAAUAAAAAACAAUUUUAAUUCUUAUAAAUUUUUAUUGAGUUAAAUAAUCAAAAAAUGUAAACGUAUUAACUUGGUACCUACCUCAGUAGAUGCUUAAGCUUAAGUAUUUAUUAUUAUAAUAAAAUUAUAAUCGAGAUCGAAAUAAAAAAAAAGCAACUUCUGAUACAAUGAGUUUAAAAUUAAAUAGUAACAAAAUGUUUUAUUCUUAUCAAAUUAAAACUUAUCAGGCAAUUAGUAAGGAUCUUGAAAUUAGUGUAUUAUUAUUAGCUUAAUAAUUUCCCAAUAUUAUCAAUGCCCGUUUAGACGGGAAUUUCUAACAGACGUAGACGGCCGUAACGUAUAUUGUCGACUUUUCAACAAAAACGCAGACCAACUAGUUAUUUUGCUCACCAUUUUUAGUUCCAUAGCUCCAUAGCCAAAUGGCAAAAAAACGAUAUUCAUGCAAAAAUAGAAAAAAAAACGUAUGGACUUAGAAUUUUUUUUUAUCAAAUCUUUACGUGUAAAUAAAUUUAAUAUGGGACCCAUUUCCACUAAAUGUUGUUAGAAUUCAUAAUGCAAUAAGGUCGAAAUUUUAGUUUGAUAGUGUUUUGAUGACAUAAUGUCAUAAUGAAUCGACCCUUGAAAUGAUAACCUCUUUACAAAAUACUAUUUCGUGUCAGUGUCAGUGAAGAAUGUUUUCUUUAAUGUGACAUUUUUACAAAGUAUAAUUCGGAAACAUAACAUAACAUCGGAAAUGAUCUUUUGCUGUCGCUUCAGAUGACGUAAUUGCAUGGUUGCCCCUAGAAACGUAAAGUUGUCAAUGGUAAACAUUAUGACAUUGACGUUGCAUUAAAAUAUUAGCUUUAUACAGCUUGCAGCAGAUUGCUACACGAUAUUCAAAGGUGGGGCCUAGAUUAUAGCUCGUGUCUGUACAUUACCAUGCAAUCUUCUAGCAACAGUUGAUUUGAACGAGAUCAAGUAAUUUGUUUUUUUA